CCCACACGCUAAUAUAAUCCAUUAAUGUGGCCGCCGGUUACACAAUAAAAAGUCUUCCGGCGGAUCACCAGAAGCCAAUUCGCUUCGCCCGCACUCCCCUCCCCCGAUAAAUAAAUCUGUUACUGACAUUUUACUUCGUGUUUGUCUCCCAAAUUUCCGCUCGACGACUCCGAUGGCGGCUCUCGGCACGUUCCACCGCCCGCCGCCGGCGUCCUCCGCCACCCACCACAUCUUCGCCUCCCGCAUCCUCCUCCUCCUCACGGCGCUCCCCCUGGCGCUCGCCUCCCUUGCGUUCGUCCUCCAGUGGCGCGGUGGCGUCGACGACCCGGCGUCGCGGUGGCCCGCCGCGGAUGCCCGGGUGUUCCCCGGGAUGGACAACAGCUCCCUUAGCUCGCCCGUGCCCUCGGUCGCCGCGCGCUCCGCCUCGGACUGCGUGGAGAUCCUCGGCGGGAGCUCGUCGCCCUCCUUCCCCUACUAUCGCGGUUGGAAGUUUGAUUUGGACAAGGAUCUGAAGCCGAAGAUAUGUAUAACAACAAGCACUUCGGCUGGUUUAGAGCAGAUCCUACCUUGGUUGUUUUAUCACAAGGUCCUCGGCGUAUCACAGUUUCUUCUGUUUGUUGAAGGGAAGGCUGCAAAACCUCAUGUUUCGGCUGUUCUUGAAUCCAUACCGGGGGUACAAGUCGUAUACAGAACUGGAGAACUGGAGGAGAAACAAGCAAAAAGCCGUAUUUGGAACGAGACUUGGUUGGCAGGCUUUUUCUACAAGCCUUGUAACUAUGAACUCUUUGUCAAGCAAUCACUUAACAUGGAGAUGGCAAUAGUGAUGGCACGGAAUACUGGCAUGGAUUGGAUCAUUCAUCUUGACACUGAUGAAUUAAUACAUCCAGCUGGUGCCGCGGAAUACUCUCUAACUAGGUUGCUCUCUGAUGUCCCUGCCAAUGUGGACAUAGUUAUCUUUCCAAAUUAUGAAAGUAGUGUUGAGCGGGAUGACAUCAAAGAGCCUUUCAGUGAGGUGUCCAUGUUCAAGAAGAACUUUGACCAUCUACUAAGAGAAACUUAUUUUGGCUUGUAUAAAGUGGCAGCAAAUGGCAAUCCCAACUACUUCCUAACUUACGGAAAUGGAAAAUCAGCCGCAAGGAUUCAAGAUCAUCUUCGCCCCAAUGGUGCACAUAGAUGGCAUAACUACAUGAAGAUCCCAAAUGAGGUCAAGUUAGACGAGGCUGCUGUCCUGCAUUAUACAUAUCCCAAGUUCUCAGAUUUGACAUCUCGACGUGAUCGGUGUAAUUGCAAGCCAACAAAGGAGGAUGUCAAGAGGUGCUUCAUGUUGGAGUUUGACAGAAAUGCCUAUAUUAUUGCGUCAACUGCCACUGAAGAAGAAAUGUUGCGCUGGUACAAUGAACAUGUCGUGUGGAACGAUAGACGGUUGACUCUGAAGCUCCUAAGGAAGGGCAUCUUGACACGCAUAUAUGCGCCGAUGGUCAUUGUCCAAACUCUGAGAGAAUCUGGUGUCUUGAGCUCUGCAAUUGCAUCUGCUCAAAUCUCAUCCGAAGAGGAACUUAAUUCACCCAACCAGAAUCUUCAAAACAAAACUUCUGCACUUCCAGAUUUGAGUGUUGGUGGAUCCAAGAAAGCAAGGACGAGAGGCAGCGAGAAUUCAUCUCAAGCAAUUGUAAGGAAGAUCAUGGAGGUUGCCGGUGGUACUGAGAGUGCAGUACCACCGAUGUCUCCCCCAAGCUUGGAUGAUUUGAGAAUGGAAACAUGAAACCCUGCUCCAGUAUUCAUUGUCUUUCCAAGCUAAUGUAUUUCACAAAUACAGGAAUCCUUAUGGGUCCACUUAAGAGAUCGAAAGAGAGAGCAAUUUUGAUGCUGUGGUUCUUUAACCCAUUUGUUGUAGGAACAAAUGCCUUCCAUUUUUUUGCCCCUAAAUAUUCCCUUGUUCAGAGUUAUAGAAGGUAGGCAGAUCUAGGAUGGGAGUAUUAUUCUUUUUUGAGUUAGUAGAUUCAACUGAUUGUAUUCAUGUCCCAAUCCCACUCUGUUCCAUAAUUAUUUUGUAUAGAAGAUUGCAUCCUGAUCUACGUUUUUACAUAUCAAUAUACAGCAAACAACUUGUGAUCUA